AAUUGUUAAUAAGCUAAUUUAGCAAAGCUCUGUACUUUAUACUCAAUCUAUAAAAUAUCAAAACUUUUCGAAUCGGAUUUGGAUAUCGGAGAUUACCAUUUUCGCGGUUUUCGGAAAUGCUCAGCCCUAUAAACAACUCAUCAGUAUCCGAUUUGUUAAAUCGAGUACAUACCAACUUCUCCUGAAAAACACAGGUAAAUGGCGGGAAAUAUUGGCGCCAUAAUUUGGAAUAAAAUUCCCCAAACCCAAACCCUAUUUAAACUACAAAACCCUCUUUUCCGUAGUAAUCGUCACUUCACUCAUCACAAACUCAUAAUAAAAAUGGCAGAAAACAACUCAAAUACCCAAAGCCCAGAAAUCAAGGAACCUUCAACCAAACUUCAAAAGCUUCAACCCCAUGAAAAUGGCGAUGAUUCCUCCUUCUUCAAGGUCAAGAAGCUCUCAGAUAAGGCUGUUCUUCCCUCUAGAGGAUCCCCCUUUUCUGCUGGUUACGAUCUCUCCAGUGCGGUUGAAUUGAAGGUGCCUGCUAGAGGGAAAGCUCUGGUUCCUACUGAUUUGAGUAUUGCUGUUCCUCAAGGAACUUACGCCAGAGUUGCACCGAGGUCGGGACUGACAUGGAAACACUCCAUUGAUGUGGGAGCAGGAGUGAUUGAUGCAGAUUACAGAGGACCAGUUGGGGUUAUCCUGUUCAAUCACUCCAAUGUCGAUUUCGAGGUGAAAGUAGGUGAUCGUAUUGCACAGUUGAUCAUUGAGAAGAUUAUAACUCCUGAUGUUUUCGAGGUCGAAGAUUUAGACUCUACUGUCAGGGGUGCUGGUGGGUUUGGUUCUACUGGUGUUUGAACUGGCUUAGAAAUUAGCAUUGAAAUUGCUGAAUGCUGUGAUCCAUUUUGCGUAUAUUAGUAGUUUAAUUGUACUUUGAACUUGGUAUUCUAGUAAUGGCUCAUGAUAGAGCAUUGAUCAUCAUAAUCGAGUAUUUUUACCAA